UGCCCCUUGCUGCUGGGACCCGGCCCAGGCUCCCACUCCCCUCCCCCCGGGCCACACCCUGAGAUGGGUUGGGGGACAGGGCGCAUGAGGGACUGGGUAUAGCACGGGGACACCCCCACCCGGGAUGGGGCUCAGAGCUGGUGGAACGACAUCAGAACAGAUUUCUGUGGAGGGGCAGGGGGCGAGGACAGGGGCCGCCAAGGAGACAGGGAGGCACAGACAGGUGCCUGAAGGGAGUCAGCUCUUCAGAGGGCGAAGGAGCCCAGGGACCUGGGUUUGAGUCCUGGCUGUGCCUCUGAGCGGGGGCGUCACUGAUCUAGCCUGAGCCUCAGUCCCUCUCCGACCUGUGGGGACAGGCCCCGACGCCCAGGAGGCGUGGACGGCUCCCUUCUCCCCUGCAGACGCAGAGGAUCACGCGGCCGGUGACUCUCCCCAUCCCCCGCGCCCUCUGAACCGCUGGUCACCAUGGCUACUUCGAAGUUGCCAGCUGUGCCCAGGGAGGAGGAGACCACCAUCCUCAUGGCCAAGGAAGAGCUGGAGGCCCUGCGCACGGCCUUCGAGUCGGGCGACAUCCCCCAGGCUGCCUCUCGCCUCCGGGAGCUGCUGGCCUCCUCGGAGAGCACCCGCCUGGAGGUGGGCGUCACGGGCGAGUCGGGCGCCGGCAAGUCGUCCCUCAUCAACGCCCUCCGGGGCCUGGGGGCCGAGGACCCUGGCGCGGCUCUCACGGGCGUCGUGGAGACCACAAUGCACCCCUCGCCCUACCCGCACCCGCAGUUCCCCGAUGUGACGCUGUGGGACCUGCCGGGGGCCGGCUCCCCGGGCUGCCCGGCAGACAAGUACCUGAAGCAGGUGGACUUCGGCCGCUACGACUUCUUCCUGCUGGUGUCCCCGCGCCGCUGCGGGGCCGUGGAGACCCGCCUGGCCUCCGAAAUCCUGCGCCAGGGCAAGAAGUUCUACUUCGUGCGCACCAAGGUGGACGAGGACCUGGCGGCCACCCGCACCCAGCGGCCCUCGGGCUUCAGCGAGGCCGCCGUCCUGCAGGAGAUCCGCGAGCACUGUGCCGAGCGGCUGCGGGUGGCCGGGGUGACCGACCCCCGCAUCUUCCUCGUGUCCAACCUCUCACCUGUCCGCUACGACUUCCCUCUGCUCGUGUCCACCUGGGAGCACGACCUGCCCGCGCACCGGCGCCACGCCGGCCUGCUGUCGCUGCCCGACAUCUCAUUGGAGGCCCUGCAGAAGAAGAAAGACAUGCUCCAGGAGCAGGUGCUCAAGACGGCCCUGGUGUCGGGCGUCAUCCAGGCCCUGCCCGUGCCCGGGCUGGCGGCCGCCUACGACGACGCCCUGCUCAUCCGCUCGCUGCGCGGCUACCACCGCAGCUUCGGCCUGGACGACGACUCGCUGGCCAAGCUGGCCGAGCAGGUGGGCAAGCAGGCCGGCGACCUGCGCUCGGUCAUCCGCUCGCCGCUGGCCAGCGAGCUCUCCCCUGAGACCGUCCUGCGGCUCUACUCACGCUCGUCCGACGGCGCCAUGAGGGUGGCCCGCGCCUUUGAGAAGGGCAUCCCCGUGUUUGGGACGCUGGUGGCCGGCGGCAUCAGCUUCGGCACCGUCUACACCAUGCUCCAGGGCUGCCUCAACGAGAUGGCCGAGGACGCCCAGCGGGUCCGCAUCAAGGCCCUGGAGGAGGACGAGCCGCAGUCGGAGGUCAGCUUGGAGGCGGCGGGUGACAAUGGAGUGGAAAAGCGGGCGUCCGGGGAAGGAGUCAGCGAGGAAGCCCCGCUCUCGGCCCGCAGGAAGCUCGGCCUCCUCCUCAAGUACAUUCUCGAGAGCUGGAAGAAGCGUGACUUGUCGGAAGAGAAGUAAAGUGCAGCCCCCACCCCCUGCCUCACCCACAAACCAAGCCUUAACAAAACCACCCAAACAAAAACGGCUGAUGUGGUGAC